CUGUGCUCCCCGUGAGGGGGGUCCGGGCCAAGGUUCAACCCCGACAUACCGACACUAGCAGGGUGCGAGGAAUGUGAGAGAAGAGAAUUCGCAGCUCGAGACAGACAAGCCGAUACGCACACACCGCAGACCUCGCCACCACUGGCUUCGGGCUCAUAGAGAGCGGAGGAACCAGAGACUAGACAAGAAGGCCUUCAUGUUCCGGUGCCAAGAGCGAUGGGGAGGGAACCAUAUGGGGAGGGAACCAAAGGAAUAUCCUUUGUGACUUCAGAGCAACUUUUGGGGACAGGAAUAGGAUGGAGCGAUGGAAGGAAAAUAAGUAAGGGGCUGGGUGGCAGAACAGACAAAUAGACAGAGUAGUUGAUCAGGCACAAAUCAAUUUUAUAAAAGUUUUUAUAUUAAAUAAAUAAAUAAAUAAAUAGACAAAUUGAUCAGAUAUGUGAACAGACAGGCGACAAAACAGAUAAAUAGGCAGAAAAAGAGAGCAAUGGGAGGGAAAGAUUCUUUAGUCUCUUUUCCGCUCAAGAAUCAGAGGAGACGUUAAGUUCUUCAGGACAUCCUUCCUUACGCUGUCGUCGACCCAUGGAGCCUUCACCUACCAAUUUCUCCCUGUGGAUGCCGCUGGGCAACACCUCUUCGUUGGAUGGGGGUGAGUCGGCAGCAGCUCUGGGAGCAGUGCUGAGUCUGAUGUGUGCCGCAGGGGUGGCUGGGAACCUCUACGCCCUGGCAGUAGUGCGGGCCUCACCCUCGGCCUCCUCACUGCGUGUCCACCUCGUCAACCUGGCCCUGGCCGACCUGCUGUACCUCUCCACAGCCCCCUUCAUCAUCUACAACGGGCUGGUGAAGGAAUGGCGCUUUGGGGAGGCCGGCUGCCGGAUCCUCCUCAGCCUGGACCUCCUCACGAUGCACGCCAGCAUCUUCCUGCUCACUCUCAUGAGUUGCGAACGCUACACGGCCGUGGCGCACCCCUUCCAGGCCGCCCGCCAAGGGCGGAGAUGCCGCCGACCGCUCGCCAUCGGCAUAUGGCUCCUCUCCUUCGCCCUGGCGCUCCCUAUGAUGGUCAUGAUCCACCAAGAGGAGCGUGCGGUGGGUGACGGAGCCGACAUCCGGCGCCUCUGCUCCCCGACGUGGAGCGAGGAGCAGUACAGGGCGUACCUGAGCAUCCUCUUCUGCACCAGCAUUGUGGCUCCGGGCUUAGUCAUUGGGUCCCUCUACUGGCGCCUGGCGAGGACUUACUGGCUGUCGCAGACCCAUGGCGGGCUGGGCCGUCCACCCAAGAACCGCGUGUUCCUCCUCAUAUUGGUCAUUGUCUUGGCUUUCUGGGCGUGCUAUUUACCCUUCUGGAUCUGGCAGCUCCUGCCCCUGUACUGCCCGUUGGCCGCUGACCUGCCCGUCCAUACGGAGAUCUCCAUCAACCAUCUAGUGACCUGCUUGACUUACGGCAACAGCUGCAUCAACCCCUUCCUCUACACCCUGCUGACCCGCAACUACCGCGAGUACCUCCGUGCUCGCCAAAGGGGGACCUCACGGGCCUCCCUGCGGAGGUGCCCCCGAAGCAGAGGCAGGCCCCAGGGGGAAGAUGUGGAGGCCUGAGGAAAUGCAGCUGUUAUUUCUUGCCUGCCUGCCUGCUGUAAAUUCCCAAAUUCCUGUUAUCUGCCUACAUCAGAGGCAUUGGUUGGCGUUUCCACUUCUGAUAUCUCUACACAUCCACAUCGGGGGAGCAGACAUCUGGACACAAUACAGAGUGAUUUCUUUUCAGAUGCCAUUCAUCCAGCAUGCGGUCAUCUUUCCAGCGCUUCUUUAGUAUGGACAUUCAUGGACAUUAAUUUUGGGUAUCAUUUUGUCAGCAUUCUUAUACAUUUGUAUUUUCAUGGACAUUCGCUUUGGGUAUUAUCAUUUUUUCAGAAUUCUAAUACAUAUGUGUUCUGAUAUAGGUGUG